AUGUUAAAAUCUAUCUAUAAGAAGAAAGAAAUAUUUGUUUGUAAGUGUAGUGUAGUCUAUCUAUCUAUCUAUCUAUCUAUCUAUCUAUCUAUCUAUCUAUCUAUCUCAGUCCAUUCAUAUCUAUCUUGGUCCAUUCAUAUCUAUCUCGGUCCAUUCAUAUCUAUCUAUCCAUCCCAGUCUAUUCAUAUCUAUCUAUCUAUCUAUCUUACACUUUUCUUCUCACUUUGCCCGCUCUGUUUCAGAUGCUUUCCCCUCCUUUUCUUGACCCUCACAUACAUUCUUCCCUCCACCAUCCAAUGCAUCAUCAUCCUCUCUUAUAGUCACAUUACGCACAGAACCCUUCACAUUGGUCAUACUGCUUUUUGUCCCUCUGUCUCUAUACCCUCUACACUUAUGUCCAGUGGUAGCGAAAACCUGGAGUCUUCAUCGCCGCCUGCUAAAAAAUCCCGAUUGGAGUCAGAACAAUCUGCUGCUAUAAAUUGCACAACUAACAACGUUUCUGUUGUAAAGACGAUUGAUAUGGCCAAGAAUGGUACUGAAGACCAGAAUGCUAUUGAUGAAAGCUUGUACUCCAGACAAUUGUAUGUGUUGGGUCAUGAUGCCAUGCGUCGGAUGGCCCACUCAAAUGUCCUUAUUUCUGGAAUGAAAGGACUUGGAGUGGAAAUUGCAAAAAAUGUUGUUCUUGGAGGGGUAAAAUCUGUCACUAUACAUGAUCAAGAGUGUGCAGAAUGGGCCGACUUGUCUUCUCAGUUUUUCCUUCGUGAAGAAGAUAUUGGAAAGAACAGAGCUGAAGUUACUGCCCCUCGCCUUGCAGAACUUAAUAAUUAUGUACCUGUCAGUUGCCAUGUCGGGGACCUAACUGAAGAAUUCCUCAAGAAAUUCCAGGUAGUUGUACUAUCUAACAGCAGUCUUGAUGAACAGCUGAGAAUCAAUGACUUUUGCAGGAAAUAUGGAAUGAAGUUCAUUGUUGCCAGCACCAAAGGACUAUUUGGCCAAAUUUUCUGUGAUUUUGGAGAAAAUUUUGUUGUUACUGAUGUUGAUGGAGAACAACCUGUUACUAAUAUGGUGGCUUCAAUUACAAAGGAUUCUGAAGGUGUUGUUACAUGCUUGGAUGAAGCUCGCCAUGGUUAUGAAGAUGGUGACUUUGUUAGUUUCACUGAAGUACAAGGAAUGACGGAGGUCAAUGGUACUGAUCCUAUUAAAAUCAAAGUUUUGGGACCAUACACAUUCAGUAUUGGAGAUACUGCUAGUUACACACAGUAUGUGCGUGGUGGUAUCGUGACCAAAGUGAAAAUGCCAAAAAAGAUUGACUUCAAACCACUGAGACAAGCUAUGGAAAAUCUUGACUUUGUCCCCACUGACUUUGCUAAGUUUGAUCGUCCUGCCUUAUUGCAUUUAGCAUUCCAAGCACUUGAUGAAUAUGUGAAGGCAAACAGUUCUCCUCCCAGACCAAGAAAUAAAGAAGAUGCAGAAAAGUUCCUGACUAUUUGUAAGGAAAUAAAUAACAGUUCUUCAAACAAGAUUGAUUUGAAUGAAGAUAUUUUAACUGAAUUUUCUUAUGAAGCCCAAGGAGACAUUUGCCCAAUGCAAGCAUUCAUUGGAGGUAUUACUGCUCAGGAAGUAAUGAAGGCAUGCAGUGGCAAGUUUAUGCCUAUCUAUCAAUUCUUAUACUUUGAUUCAUUGGAAAGUCUUCAUGAAGGGGAAUCUGGAGAUGAACUGACAGAAGAGUCUUGUCAGCCUAAAAACUGCCGUUAUGAUGGACAGAUCAUGUUGUUUGGGGAUAAGUUCCAAAAAGUUAUUGGUGACUUGAAAUACUUUUUGGUUGGAGCUGGUGCUAUUGGCUGUGAGAUUCUAAAAAACUGGUCCUUGAUGGGACUUGCUUGUGGCAAUGGACAUGUCUAUGUCACUGAUAUGGAUCUUAUCGAGAAAUCCAAUUUGAAUAGACAGUUCCUCUUCCGACCUUGGGAUGUGCAGAAAUCUAAGUCACAGUGUGCAGCUACUGCUGUUAAAGAAAUGAAUCCUAACCUCAGAAUCACGCCACAUGAAAACCGUGUUGGACCAGACACCGAAAAUAUCUACACAGAUGACUUUUUUGAGGAAUUAGAUGGUGUUGCUAAUGCUUUGGAUAAUGUUGAUGCCAGAAUGUACAUGGAUAGGAGAUGUGUUUAUUAUCGUAAACCUUUGUUGGAAUCUGGCACUUUGGGUACCAAAGGAAAUGUUCAGGUUGUGAUUCCUCAUUUAACAGAAUCUUAUUCAUCAUCUCAAGAUCCACCAGAAAAAUCCAUUCCAAUCUGCACUUUAAAGAAUUUCCCAAACUCUAUAGAGCAUACUCUGCAGUGGGCAAGAGAUCAGUUUGAAGGUUUCUUUAAACAGCCAAUGGAAAAUGCAGCUCAGUAUAUUUCAGACUCUAAAUUUAUGGAGAGAAUUAUGAAGCUGGGUGGCAAUCAACCUUUGGAAACCCUAGAAUCUGUAAAGAAAGUCUUAGUUGAAGACAAACCAAAUAGCUUUGAGAAUUGUGUUGUGUGGGCCAGAAACAUGUGGCAAGAGAAUUACAGUAACCAAAUUAAACAACUGCUGUUCAACUUUCCUGCUAAUCAGGUAACUAGCUCCGGUGCUCCAUUCUGGUCUGGGCCCAAACGUUGUCCACAUCCUUUAGAGUUUGAUAUCUCAAAUUGUGUCCAUCUGGAUUAUAUUGUUGCAGCUGCCAACUUGCGUGCUGAAAUGUAUGGCAUCAAACAGGUGCGUGACAGACAAGCUAUUGCUAACAUGGUGCAAGCUGUGGAAGUACCAGAAUUCAUCCCCAAAUCUGGAGUGAAGAUUGAUGUAACCGAUGCUGAAGCCCAGGCCAGGCAAAAUGAUGCAAGCUAUGAUGAAGAGCAAAUUGAACAAAUGAAAGAUUCUCUGCCUGAUCCUGAAUCUCUAAAAGGCAUUAAGUUGACACCAGUUGAAUUUGAGAAGGAUGAUGACACAAACUUCCACAUGGACUUUAUUGUAGCUGCUUCUAACCUAAGAGCAGAAAACUAUGAUAUCCCACCUGCUGACAAGCACAAGAGUAAAUUGAUUGCUGGUAAAAUUAUACCUGCUAUUGCCACUACCACUUCUCUUGUUGUUGGUCUUGUCAGUUUGGAACUAUGUAAGUUAGUUCAAGGUCACAAGAAAAGUGAAUCCUACAAGAAUGGCUUUGUAAACUUGGCUCUCCCAUUCUUUGCCUUCUCAGAACCUAUUUUGGCUCCUAAACACAAGUAUUAUGAUAGUGAAUUCACUCUCUGGGAUAGAUUUGAAAAUAAAUAUGAUCUCGAGAUAACCAUGCUGUCCCAAGGUGUUUGCAUGCUUUACUCAUUCUUCAUGACACCUGCUAAACGUCAGGAACGCUUGUCUCUACCAUUGUCUGAGGUAGUGAAACGCGUUUCCAAAAAGAAAAUUGCACCUUAUGUUAAGGCAUUGGUACUUGAAUUAUGCUGCAAUGAUCGCGAUGGUGCUGAUGUUGAGGUACCAUAUGUGAAAUAUCUGCUGCCGGCCAAUCAUUGA